CGUCUCCUAUUGGCUGUCAACUGACUACUGCUCUGUUGUUCAGUACAAAUUGAAGGAAACCACACCGACAAUAAAUUACAGAAAGAUAAUCAAUAAUUUGAUCCAAAAUACUCCAACCAGCUCCAACAUCAAACGCUAAUCGCGACAGUUGAAUACGGGGGGACCUCAGGCACACGGAAGUUUGUUUUCUAGUAAACCAUGCUAGCAUUGCUAGCAGACUAGCCAGCGUCUCGUCGCCUCCUCUUCAUCUUCAUGGGUUUCUGCUGCUGGUGCUGGAGGCAGCGAGGCUAACUAAUUAAUGCCAUCGGCCAGGAACUCAGGUCAUAUUAUGAGUGGGGCGAGUUGCAAAGCUAACGGCGCUGUGUACCCCGCCUCAUCAGCAAUGAUGAACUCUGUGAAAAAGCCGAAGAUGGAGCAGAUUCAGGCCGACCAUGAGCUGUUCCUACAGGCCUUUGAAAAACCAACUCAGAUAUACAGGUUCCUCCGCACAAGGAAUUUGAUUGCACCCAUAUUUUUGCACAGGACGCUUACCUUCAUGUCUCAUAGAAACGGCCGAACAAAUGCCAAAAGGAAAACAUUCAAAGUGGAUGAUAUGUUGCAGACCGUCGAGAGGAUGAAGGGAGAGCAGGAUUCUCCAAGUUUGUCUUCACAUCUACAGUUAACCUUCACUGGGUUCUUCCAUAAGGAUGAAAAGCCAUCUCAGAAUUCAGAAAAUGAACAAAAUUCCGUGUCCUUAGAGGUGCUACUUGUCAAAGUCUGCCAUAAAAAGCGCAAGGAUGUCAGCUGCCCGAUAAAGCAAGUGCCUACAGGUAAAAAGCAGGUGCCUUUGAAUCCUGACAGUAACCAAACCAAGCCUGGCUCCUACCCUUCCUUAUUGGUGUCCAGCAACGAGUUUGAGCCCAGCAACAGCCACAUGGUCAAGUCCUACUCGCUCCUGUUCAGGGUGUCACGCACAGGGAGGAGGGAUACUAAUGGUCUGGUGAAUGGAGAGGCCAACGAGAACAUUGAUGUAACGGAUACUCCAAGUAGAAAGAAGAGAAGUUCCUCCCAUAGAGAGGAGGGAGAGACCACAGAGACAUUUGUUGCACAGAUGACUGUCUUUGAUAAGAAUAGGAGAUUGCAGCUGUUGGAUGGGGAGUAUGAGGUGUCGAUGCAGGGGAUGGAGGACAGCCCUGUCAGCAAGAAGCGAGCGACGUGGGAAACCAUUCUUGAUGGAAAAGUAGGGCGGAGACUGCCACCAUUUGAGACAUUUUCUCAGGGACCCACAUUGCAGUUCAUGCUGCGUUGGACAGGCGACGCGAGCGGAAAAUCCACUGCCCCCGUGGCAAAACCCCUUGCCACACGUAACUCCGACAGCUCCAGCCCCAUGGAGACAAGAACCAGCAAUCACCGAGCUGCCCUCAUGACAGUGAAAGAGUCAGUGAGCACAGACAUUCAGACGAGGAAAGAGCAGGUCCUGUGUGAGCCGCGGCAGAAGCUACGUAUAUUUUAUCAGUUCUUGUACAAUAAUAACACGCGGCAGCAAACAGAGGCAAGAGAUGAUCUUCACUGUCCCUGGUGUACCCUGAACUGCAGCAAACUCUACAGCCUGCUCAAACACCUCAAACUCUCCCACUCGCGCUUCAUCUUCAACUAUGUGCCUCACCCCAAAGGAGCAAGGAUAGAUGUGUCCAUCAAUGAGUGCUAUGACGGUUCGUACGUUGGCAACCCUCAGGACAUCCACAGCCAGCCUGGCUUCGCAUUCAGCCGCAAUGGCCCGGUGAAGAGGACUGCUGUGACUCACAUACUGGUUUGCAGGCCCAAGAGGACCAAACCGAGUCUGUCAGAGUUCCUGGAGUCUGAGGACGGAGAGCUGGAGCAGCAGAGGACCUACGUCAGUGGACACAACCGCCUCUACUUCCACAGUGACAGCUGCAUGCCCCUGCGGCCCCAGGAGAUGGAGGAGGACAGUGAGGACGAGAGAGACCCAGAGUGGCUCAGAGAGAAGACCGCCACGCAACUGGAUGAGUUCACAGAUGUCAAUGAGGGGGAAAAGGAAGUGAUGAAGCUGUGGAACCUGCAUGUCAUGAAGUAUGGUUUCAUAGCAGACAACCAGAUGAAUCAGGCCAUCAUGCUUUUCGCGGAGAACACUGGUGCUCAUAUCAUCCGCCGCAACCUCUGCCGCAACUUCCUUCUGCAUCUAGUCAGCAUGCAUGACUUCAACCUGGUGAGCACAGCCACCAUCGACAGUGCCAUGGCCCGCCUGCGGCAGAUCCAAGAAGAGCUUCCGGACACUGAGGAGGAGCAGCAGGAUCAGACUCUGGUAUCAGCAGGAGCCUGCAACGGCAACGCCGUCACCUCCUCUGGAGGGAAACAGGGCAAGAGGACAAAAAGCGCACUGACGGACUGAUGUAGGAUGGAUGGAUGGAACAACGAUUGUCGUGUUUUUUUUUUGUUGUUUUUUUAUGUAUUUUGUUUUUGUUCUUCAAUGAACAUUACCAACCCUUUGGUGCUUAGAUAGGUGGGAGAACUGGUCAGCGGAGGACCUGACCUGAAGCAGACCAGUAUACAAGGUAAACAAGUUUUUGGAACUUGAGAACUGAACCAAAUAUGAACAAUAUAAAAGUGAAUCACCCACAUCUUUACAAACCAGGAAUUUGAAGACUGGAAGAUGUAAGUUGAACCUACUUAAUAUGCAUUUUGUAGGCGCCACUGAAGUAUCUGUCUUUGGGUGAGAGUGAACAAACUGAGAGGCGUCUGGCAUGGCACGACUGCCUCUGGUACGUCCACGUUAAAGACGACUGUAUCAAGACUACAGUUAAACUGUACUGGUGGUAACAUUGUCACUCUUGAUUAUUUGUACACAUACACAAUAACCUUGUUGAGAACUUAUCCUUUUAGCUGAUUAUUUUAGCACUUGGUGUUUGUAUUUAGAAAGCUUACCUUGAAAAUGUUUUUUUUUUUGUUUUUUUUUGUUUUUCAAUUCAUGCUGCGCCAAAUGUUAAAUGCAGCUUUUCCACUGUCACCAGUGGAGAAACUUUAGUGGGUUUGAUUUCACUGUUGUGAAUGACAUUUAAUUUGAAGGGUCAUACAGUUACAGUACAAAUCAACACUAUUUGGCAUCAAUGUCUAGAGUAUAUAAAGCUUGUAAGGCUUGUGUUAGGACCCCAAAGUGGAUUGUGGGUUUUGCUGGUAGGUUGCCAUGAUAAUAGUGAUAUACUGUAAUCCAUGGAUCCAGGACACAGAAUAAAUUCAGAUUUGGGUCCAUAAUAAAACUCCCACUUCAUCUCUCCUAAACCUUUUGGCCUGCAUAAAUACUAGCUCAAGGAAAGCCAGGGAAAUCAACUUUUCACAACAUUCUCUUUUUCCUCAGAUUUACUGAAACAACCAGCAGCACAUCACCCCACGUAUCAUGCAACAUGCAUUCAAUAUGUAAAACUCAACCCCCUGUAGUUUUUCUUCACUUUGAGGUUUGAUCCUUCUGCAGUCAUGUUAUUCAUGUUUUUUUUCAACAUGUGUAUCAGUAACAGACUGACAGAAAUGUAUUUACAUGUAAUCAUGUUUAGCUGUGCCCCGUUUUGAAUCCAAUAAUUAAGAUUGCAGUUCCUCUCUCAAAGCAAUAUGCUGUUUAUUGAAUGGUUGGUUUUCAGGUCCAAGUCAGUUUUCUGUCCUGUUAGGUGCAGUUUAUGCCAAAGGGGGAUAUUUUCAUCAGUCUCUUAGUUCUGUAUAUUAUUUAGAAUAUGUUCUUUUUGUUCCUUCCAUAACUCCUUUUUUAAAGCAGCAGUAGUUGUGUUUUGUAAUGUGCACAUUAAUCGGUGAUCAUCAUCGGACUUCCCUUGUGGACAACCAAAUUAACUAUUUUUCCUCCCUCCGCUACUCAUGGAAGGUUUCUGUUUUCAUCUGGAAAAAGGGAGACGUGUUCAUCAUUACUGUCACAACACCCUGUUAAAAAUUGUGAACUGUACACUCUGGCUAGGGGGAUUUUUAUAUUUAAAGAAAUAAAAUACAUUUGACCUUA